AUGGGGUCCGAAAUUCCCUCUGGGGAAGUGCCCGGUGACGAGGGCUCGUCCCCUGAGGUAGGAGCCUCCUGCUGCCUUAGUGACAGCGCCGCUGGAACAGCGCUGGGCAUCGGCCUCAGCGUCAAGCUGGAACGAAGUUCUGACAAGAUGCGCGGUGCAAAAAGUGAAUCGUUAGCCUUUACUGGAGUGCUUCUCAGCUGCCUGAAAAUGAUAUUUUCGGCAAACACAGCUCCAGAUAUACCUGUUAUUGACCAAGCUUAUUCAAAACUUAGCAACAGUAUCACAGUGGAAUGGAGAGCAGUACCUGGGGCUACUAAUUACAUGCUGACUGCACAAGAUGGAGAUUCCUUCAUUGAAACUAUAGUAAAAAAUUCUCCAGGCACAGUGAUGGGACUGAAGCCUGCCACCUUGUACCGAGUCACUGUCACAUCUAUAAAUUCAGGAGGAAAAAGCCAGCCUUCACCUUUCAGAAAAGUAAAAACAGUCCUGGCUGCUCCGAUUGUGUCUGUUCGUUCUCUGAGCUGUGACUCCAUUGCAGUGAGCUGGAAAGCUGUGCAUAUGGCAGCUGGGUUCUCUGUGUCACUCACGAGAUCAGAUGGUUUGGGCAGAAUGCUGAAGCAGAACACCACCAAUACAUCCUUGAUAUUUACCAAUCUAGAUCCAGGAGUUCUCUAUACUAUCAAGGCUUAUGCCUGGAACACCAAUGGGAUGCCUGGAGAUGAUUUCACAUAUAACCAAAGAACAAGUCCUAAUGCACCAGUGGAUGUUAAAGUAGCUUUCAAUAGCGGUGCUUUAAGAGCUGUUGUGUCUUGGAUGCCAUCAGAAGGAGCUCUAACUUACAGUGUCACAGUCUCCAGUGGACUCCUGAAACUGAGGUGCAACACAUCUUCUGCCUCUUGCAUGGUGCCAUCCCUCCAGUGCGGCUCUGAAUAUCAUGUGUCUGUCACAGCAUACAAUGAUGCUGGAUCCAGUGAACCUACUGAUGCAGUAAGCUUAAAAACUAUUCCUUGUGCACCAGUGAACAUAUCAAUUGAGGAGGAUGAACCUGGUCACUUGUUGGUAUCAUGGUCUAGCGUCAGUUUGGGUCAUUAUUACGUGGUUUUUGUGAAGAGCGACGAUGGCUUCGAAGUGCACUGCAACACAUCGUAUACUCAAUGCCAUUUCCAGUCGGACUGUGGUUUCACUUAUUUCAUUAGUGUCUUUGCAUAUAACAAGGCAGGGCAGAGUCCUUUAGGUGAUGUAUUCAAUUACACUACUGCUCCUUGUUGCCCCAGUGACUUCAGGGCCGUGUUCACGUCAAGCGACACGGUGCGGGUCACUUGGGCUCCUGUGCGAGGCGCUGACCUGUACGAGACCCGAGCGGCCGGCGGCAGCGGUGUGGUGCUCUGCAGGGACACGGCCACGGCCUGCACCCUGUCGGCUCUGCAGUGCAGCACCCCCUACAACAUCACCGUGUACUCCUUCAGCGAGGCCAGGGGCAGCAACACCUCAUGUACCCCCCAGUACGUGGCAACAGCUCCCUGCAGUCCUGAAAUUAAAAAUAUCUCAAAGGAGGGUCUAUCUGUAAGUGUGCAGUGGCAACCUAACAAUGAAGAAGCUACGUAUGUUGUCACUGCCAGAGGAGAGGCUGGACUUUGGCAUUGCACAAGCACCAGGAAUUCCUGUACCCUAAUGGAUCUUCCCUGUGGAUCUGCUUUCUCUGUAAGUGCUAUAGCAAGAUCACCAGCAGGACAGAGCUUCCCAAGCUACAGUAUUCCUUUAGAGACAGCUCCUUGUUGCCCUAAUGACCUGCAACUAACUCAAGUGACACAGUCGGUAACCAAUAUCAGCUGGUCUCUUGGGAGGGGUGCACAGACAUAUGUAACAACACUGGAGUCUCCAAAAGGACAGGCAAAGUGUCACACACUUCAGACCUACUGUCUCCUGGGAUGUAUCACAUGUGGCACCAACUACACAGUGUCUCUGAGAGCCGUUAGCGAGUCGGGUUUGACAUCCAACUGCACCUAUCAGGGAUAUUCUUCCAGUGCUUGCUGCCCUUCUGGAGUGAAGCUCUACAGACUCAGCAACAAUGGCAUCAGGGUGUUCUGGAGAACUCCUGAUGAAACAAUAAACUACAAAGCUGAUUUACAUGGCUCAAAGGGCAAUUUCAGCUGUACCCCCAGCUCGGGUCUGAGUCACUGUGAUGUCACCAAGAUACCUUGUGGAGAUGUCUACACUGUGGUGGUAGCUCCAGUGACUGACAAGGGGCCAAAGCUCACUUUAUUUUCUUCAUUUUGUCCUAAGAAAAUAUAUUCAGUCACCUGCUCUGGAAGCUCUGUUGGAAUGGUUGUUUACAGAGGAAAGAGCAAUGCAAAACACAUCUAGAUGAAAUUCUGGCUCAGAUAAGGAGAUAUCAUUGCCAAAUAUUGUCACCACAGCAUAAGUGUUUAACUGGGUUUUCAGAUAUCUGAACAACUGGUUCCUUUUGGAACCAAAUUCAAGCUCCAAACUACUUCUUUUCACCACAGCAAUUCUGAUCAUUCCAUGCUCUAAUAGUAACUCUAAUGUACUUUAAGCCGUUUGAAACUGUUGGUGUCCGUUUUCUUAAUUCUCCCUAGCAUACAGACUUUAACACCUCAAUUACACACUACAAACGUCGUAGUACUACAUCAGCUCCUCUCCCUUUGGUCACUGAAGUGUAAUUGUAUCACAAUGUAUUAUUUGUAUGUCUGUUGGGGGAAAAAAAAGUGAAAAGCUGAAGAGAAGUCGUGAUUUCAAGAAAAAAACACUGAUUCAGCUCUAAAAAAGUGGGUAGAUGUGUACAAUGAGCAAAACUGAGAAGGAACACAAUGAACCUGAGCCAGAUACACACCUCCUACUGUGGCAGUGUGUAACUGCAAGAUGUUGUUAUUCAGGUAUUAGACACUGUCGAAUAACAAUUGUCUAAUAGUUAACACUGCUGCUAUGUGAAAUAGCACUAGCAUUCACUGAGCUGAUUAAAAGUUUGGUCAGGAUUGGUUGCAGGUUCUCUCCAGACUGAGGUAAACGCACUUUUAUGGGUCAUGCUGACUUACGAUCACAGGAAAGGACAAUCAGAUGUCAUGUUUUAAUAGAUACUGUUUCUGUAGUAUUUACUUUUAUGAAGCUCUGGACUUCAUGAAGAAAAAAAAACCCAAGCAAAAAAAUUCUCAACCAAGCAACAAAAAUCCUACCAAAAAAACUCCAAGCAACCCAACCCUUCUUGAAAGAGGACUUGAGAACCAAGAAAAUUCCUGAAGAAGGCUAGGAG